AUGCAGCUGAUCUGCUGUGUAAUAUUAUUGUGCAUACCAGGAAGCUUGAGCAAAAUUCCGUUCUCACAAUCGUCAGCAGAUUCAUUACCCUACUUCGUCUACCCGACAAAAUUUAACAACUCGAUCGAAGAUGCAUUCGCAGCAGGUACUUUUCCGAAACACUUCAAAUUCGGCACCGCAACGUCCGCCUACCAGACUGAAGGGGCGUACAAUGUUGGGGGUAAAGGGUAUAGCAUCUGGGAUAAUUUCACCCACACGCCUGAAGAAAUGAAAGUAGGAACGGGCGAUGAGGCUACUGAGAGCUAUUAUUACUUCAUAGACGGGGAUCUUGAAAACCUUAAGCGACUCGGAGUUGACCAUUACCGUUUUUCAAUCGCAUGGCCUCGAGUUUUGCCUAAUGGUGUACUUGAAAACCCGGAAACAGAUGUAAACAAAGAUGGCGUUGAUUUCUACAACAAGGUCAUCGACAGUUUGAUCCACGCUGGAAUCGAACCCAUGGUCACUUUAUCGCAUUGGGACUUCCCACAGAAAUUGCAAAAUCAGGGCGGGAUGACUUCUGAAAAGUUACCAGGGUGGUUUGAAAUAUAUGCCGAUUUCUGUUUCAAAACAUUCGGAGACCGAGUUAAAACAUGGAUUACAUUCAAUGAGCCAUUUACGACGUCUUUAUGUUACGAGACAGGCAACUGCGCCCCUGGAUUUUUAUCAAAGGGUGUCUUGACGUACCAAAACGCUCAUCAGCAGUUGUUAGCUCACGCCAGAGCCUACCACGUGUACCAUGCAAAGUAUAAAGCGUCGCAAGGAGGCAAAGUUGGAAUUGUUGCCGGUUCUGCGUGGCACGAGCCUAAUGAUGAUUCACACCUUGAUCAAAUUGCGGCCGAAAAGAUGCUCCAAUUCCAGUUGGGUUGGGUUCUCUCGCCACUUUUGGGAACCGGAGAUUACCCAGGUGUCAUGAAGAAUGUGAUAGCCGAACUAAGCGAAUACCAAGGAUUUUCAGAAUCCAGACUUCCAGUCUUUUCAGAUGGCGAUAAAGAGUCUUUACUGGGAACACUUGACUUCUUGGGGAUCAAUUACUACGGAGGAGACAAAAUUAGCUAUAUAGACCAAAUAUACACUAAGGAACCCAGUAUGGAAAAUGAUCAAUCUGUGAAUCAGAUAUUCCCUGAAAACUGGAUCGAAACUGAACUUUUCUUCAACCGAGGUUAUCCAGCAGGUCUGAGAAAACUUAUGAGCUGGAUAAUGACAAACUACGGGCAAAAAUUUGACUUCGAAAUUUACAUCACUGAGAAUGGAUAUGCUGCACCCGUAAGCGACGAUGGAUGUCGUGACGUCAUCGACAUCGAUCGCAUCAAAUUCAUGGUUGCUCAUUUGAGCGAACUGUACAAAUCGAUCAGCGAAGAUAAAGUUCCAGUAACUCGCUAUACUUUUUGGUCUCUAAUGGAUAACUACAAUUUUGGCGAUGGUUAUAAUAUCAAUUUUGGUCUGUUCUGCACCGACUUUGACUCUGAGACCAAGCAGAGAUAUCCGAGACUCAGUUCGUAUCUGUACCAGAAGAUAAUUGGGUACAAAGGAUUUGGAAAUGAUUACUUCAUGCAGCAAUUGAAAGAUCUGGGAAUCAUUGAGCAAUUACAAUAA